CUUCCUUCUCCAAAUAUAAUUCAUACCUACCUGGCAGCAUUUCCUCCUUUUUGCCUUUAAACUUCCCUCUAGUAGUAACUUCAAAACAGAAAUAAACAAAACCAGCCGGCCACCUGCGCUGCAAAUUACAAUACCAUGGAAGGUCUCAUUCCAAUGGUUUACAGGAGCAUCAAGAAAAGCACGUCUCGGCGCCACUACGAACAUCUGGGCUCAGGUACUAGCACUGCACCAGCAGCACAAAGCUACAACAUUGCUGAUUUUUAUGCCAAUGGUGAUGAUCAGGACUACGUGAUGAUGAAGGGACGAUAUGCUGCUGCUGAUCAUCAUCAUCAUCAUGAGAAGAAGGUUGAUGAUGAUGGCGGCUUCGGUAUUAUUUAUGAAGAGAAAGUUAAGGGACACCAAGACUUCCGCCACCGGCGCUACAAGUCCUUCAGCGUUGAUUAUAGGGGCGGCAGUUUUACACCGGAGAAUAGAACAGGAACAGGAGCAGGAGCAGCCCAGUCCAAGAAACUAGUGCGUUUCAGGAGCCAUAGAUUCUUCUCCUGCGUGACGGGUGCAUAACUAAUUUGCUUCUGAUGCUCCCUCCCUCCAAGUAGCACUGUCUUGAAUCAUCUUCAAGCUACGUUGUUGUUGUCAUGAUGAUGAUUGUGUUGUUAUUGCUGUUGUCUUAUUCAUUUGUUGUGGUUUUGUCUGAAAUUAGAUUAAAUUGAAGGAAAUGAUCCAUUCUAGUUAUUAAGCUAGAUUUCUUUAGGCUGCUGCUCGGUGCCAUGUAAAAUUGUACAUAUCAUCUUCUUCAUCAUCAUUAAUAAUACAUUCUUAUUUCAGUCAAA